CGGACGUGGAACCGCUCUCUUCCUGUCUCUUCGUCUCCUCUUGGACGUCCCCAAUAAUCAAUCAAUCAAUCAAGCCGCUUUCGAGUCCACGCGACGACGCAGCCCCUCCCACGACGAUACCCUCGACACUCGAUCGAUCUCCUCGUCCGCCGAAUCAUGAGAAUUUCUGCCUGUUCCUACGCUUGUCCAAUAUCCUCAUCUGCAUACACCUCCGCAUCGUAAACCUUACUGCUCCGCAUCCGUCUUCGACUUACCCCCCCUUACUCCUCCCCAGAUACCCAGCCAGUGUUGGUGGAGAGAGGAGAGAAAGAUAGAGAAAGAGAAAAGGCAGAGUAAGACGGAGGGAAAUAGGCGAAAACACAAGCCCGGCUCGCCCGUCAAGUCUUCCAUCGACUCCCUCGUUCGCGUUUGUACCGGGGAAUAGCCUCAGCCUUUCGCCCAGCCGCCCUCCACCCGGCCCAUGGACGCCGCAGCUGUCUUCCGCCAUGGCCUGGGCAACAUGAUGCCGCCGAACCCGCCCUAUCAUCACCAUCCGCCUCCCAAUCAUCCCCCGCAACUCUACCCGGGCGCCGCGCGCAUUCCUCCUGCGAGUCGUGAAGAUCCCGAAAGUGACGGCCCUUCAAAUCGCAUCGCACAUACUUUGACCGCUUGCUGUCGUUGUCGUCAGCGCAAGACGAGAUGUGAUCCCACCCUGCCCCGUUGCCUGCCUUGCGAGCGCGCCGGCUCCGUUUGCGAAUACUUCGACACCACCAAAGGGAAGAAGAUCAAUCGCAACUAUGUCAUCAAGCUGCAGGAGAAGGUUCGCGCCCUCGAGGCCGAGUUGCGACAGUACACCGACGACGACAACGAGUUCUCCCAUGUCGACGAAGACAUUGUCCGCCCUGGAGGCCUGGUUCGCCUGAACGACACCGACGAGACGCCCCGCUACUUGGGACCGAGCAGUGGCAUCGCAAUGACGCGAUUGCUUGUCCAGGGUGCCAAACUCUUUACUGAUUCGAAGCGGAUAUCCGAAUUGAUACCUGAGGUCCGCGCCAGGCGGAUGACGCGCAUGCAGUCCAUCGUCAUGACGAGGGAUAGGAAAAAGAGCUAUCCCAUGAUCAGCGCCCACCCUGCCCAGGCUCUGCCGACCAGACCCGUCGCGAACAAGCUCGUUGAUGUCUUUUGCCAGCGCUCCCAAGUGUUUUGGCCCACGCUGCACGAAAAACGAUUCCUCGACGACCUCGAGGCCGUAUACGCGGGAGACCAGGACCCCUACAAGAACCUGAUUGUCCGCAUGGUGUUUGCCAUUAGCCUGCAAAAAAUGGACCCGCAAUAUGCUGGUCUCGCAGACAGUUACUAUUUGGCUGCCAUGGAGCACUUUGAAAAAGUCGUUCGGCCAAAAGACUUGAAGUCCCUGCAGAGUCUUGCAAUGAUCGGCCAAUACUCUCUCUUGACCCCGACCAGAACCGCUGUAUACUACAUGGUGGGCUUGGCCACACGCGUCUGUCAGGCUGAGGGUCUUACCGAUGAGAAGACCAUUUCUGCGGGCUACUCGAUGGACCCGCUGACGCUCGACAUGCGCCGCCGCUUAGCCUAUAUCAUCACGUCCAUGGAGGCCGGCCUGGCGCACAGCAUGGGACGACCGAACGGGUUCUCAAAGGUCGACGACCGGAUGGACGUCGAGCCAUUUGCCACCGUCGACGACGAGUACAUUACAGCAGAUGGCAUCGGCCAGGGACCUACGAGCGAGAAGAAGCUAGUUGCUUUGCAUUUCUUCAAAAUGCGCAUGGAGCAGGCCGAGAUCAGGAGGGUGCUCUAUGAGAAGAAGCGCGACGAACCCAGGGACGAGACUCACCCGUGGUUCGCCAAGAUGGAAAGCGACAUCCAGCAUUGGAUCGAUUCCUCGCCUCAGAACCCGGCGUGGUGCAGACCUUGGUUCACCGGGCGAUACCACCAGAUGCGCAUCUUCCUCUACCGCCCGUCCCCGCAAGUGCCCAAGCCAUCUCCACGUGCUGCGGCCAUCUGCUUCGAGGGCGCAUCCUACAUCAUCAAUCUUUCAAAGCAGCAAAUGGAAAAGGCGGCUGUGGACAUUACCUGGGUCUUCCUCCUCAACCUCUACAUGUCUCUCAACACACUGCUGUGGACCGUUUCAUACCCUGAGAUCCGGCAAGCUCACCCUCGAGAGGAAGUGGAGGAGCUGGGAGACCAGACACUCGACAUUUUGGAACAGUGCACCGAACGCUGGCCGGGGACCGCGCAGGCUGUGCAACUGUAUUCCAUCUUCGCAAAGGCCUGCUUGCAGAGCUACGAAGCGAGAGAUACCCCUGUGCUACAACCGUCUAGCACUUUUACCACUCCGCCAUCGCUCUUUGACGGCAACUCGCCGCAGGGUUCCGAGAUCUCGGCAUCGACAGCACCUGGCGGCGGCGGACCGUCGUUCAAGGUCAACCCACCCCAUAACCCACCGCAGUUCGGCUUCGUGUUCGACGCGACGCCCGAAUCCAUGAACACAUAUCAGUGGGAUCCCAAUUUUCCCCCUCAUCCGACCUUCCGAUCCAACUCUAUUUGGGGCAACUCGUCUAAUGAGAACAUGGGACGCCGUUUCUCGGCAUACCCCCCCGAAUCGCCACUCGAGGAUUCCACGCCGCCGGCGACGACAACGCCUGGUUAUACAUCCUCGUCAUCGCCGCCCAGUACCAUUAACAACGCGAUGCCCACGCCCCCGGAGUCAAUGGGUCAGCAUGUCGGAACGCCAUCAAGCUCGACCGUCUCGCCCCCGGCGAUGGGCACCCCCGCCAUGUCGCACUCUUCUUCGCCCCUCGUCCUCCAGCACGGCACGCCCAACAUGGCCCAACACAGCACGAACAUGUCACCACCCCCGCUCCCGGGCCCGGGCCAGUCGGGAAGAGCACCAAACUUUGCUCCUCCUCCACCGCCUCCAACAUCGAAUCCCGGCGCUCCCCAACGGCCGCUGCCCGCUUACAACCCAGUGACAGACUGGUUCAAUCCCCCGCCGCCCUUUAUCAAUCCCGAAACCUUCAGCUCCAUGAGCAAUAGUUUCUUUGGCGAGUCACUACAGGCCCACGGACUGAACACGCAAAACGCCGGCCUAGGGCUGGAUCACUUUGGCAACCAGCCGUUCAACUGGUCGCAAGAGCGGCAGGGUAGUCUCAGCCAGCAGCAGCAGGUUGAGCUCAUGAAUGUCCUCGAAAACGAAGGCAUGAGCGACAUCGACGCCCUCCUCAACAUGGGCAUGAACGGUUCCGCCAAUGUCGGAAGUGGCUGGGCUCAGGCAUGAAGUGGGGGGGAGGCAGGUAGCUUUUGCACAGACGAGAGGGAUACUAAUAGUUAGGUAGUCAAAAGGAGGAUCUUGCGGACGUUGUGCGGCGUAUCUACUUUGGGAACAGGACGGGCGUAUAUGCGUAUAUGCUACGGAGUCAUGGACGAUUUGUUUCUUGUUUUUUCACACGGGAUAUUGCCGCCCUCGCAGCGUUGCACCGCCGCUUGGCGUGGCAGGGAAAGGUGUUGAUGAUAUUCCUAAAUAGAAAGGGGCGAAAACAUUUACAACAUAGCUUUGGUGUCCAUGGCUCAUCAUCGUGACAGGUGUCGUCCUUGGGAGUUGUUUGUGGUGACGGAGUUUUGCUGUUGCACUGCAUCAGGUCGCGUCCAACGACCCGUCUGCAGCGACCUAUACAGCCUUGCCGUGGGCGGCAUUGGUGCCCCCCUUCAUUAGGAACAUGCAGAGGGGGGCUUGUUUCAUGCAUCGGUCGCCCUCUUCAUCAUCUCAUCGAAUUUCACCUUUACCUCAGUCAACCCCGCCUCACUCACUCGCUCACUCACUCACUGCUGUCUUGCUCGCUCUUGCCUGUGACAGGUUGGGCAUAGUGGACUGACGGAAGGUACGAUCCUGCUGCCCUUGCCCUUUGCUCCUUCCUCCUGGACAACACCAUCCCGCCUCACGUGCUUUGACGGCCUACCUACCGACUUCGUCUUUUCCCUCUUCUCUCUUCCACCUUUCACCUUCCACCUCCUCCAAUCUUCACACAUCACCACACCACCACAUCGACCCUCAUCGCCCUUCAGUGUGGGAAAGGAGGAAGUUUCUCAUCUUCCUCCCGCCCCCUCUCUCAUUUCUUCGCCAUGAUCUCCUUCCUCCAGACCUCACGUCUCUGACGCUUCCCCCCAGCGUUGGCCUUCUCGCGAGUCGAGGAUAACGGCGCGUUUCUUCCCUAUCGCCAACCGCGCUAGCUCUCCUCUCUGACACUGGUGCCUGUCUUCAGUGUCAAGGGUGGCCGUUCAAGACAAAGCUUCAGACUGGCUGGCACGUUGCUGGACAGCGAUUCUGGCAUUCGAGAUUCUUGACGGUUUUUCUACGCAAUAUGCAGGUAUGUUCGCUGUUCGGGCCUCGCCAUUUGCCAUUCUUCGUCACUCCUGUCACUUUUCGCCGUGCAUUCAGACUCGAUUCUAACUUACCCACUAUUUGAGUGGCCCAUUGCUACGCGUCCUUCAGCUGGAACAAGUUGUCGCGGUCCUCAGCAUGACCUUAAACUGCUGCACUCAGGCUGCGCUACCUGCAUCGUCUCGGCGUAUUUCGCCUUGACAGUUCGCCAUCCAGACUAAUCACUCGUCUGCGUCAGUUGAUCCGUCACAUCAAUCGUAGCAUCAGCAUGAUUUUCUUUGCAUUUCUAUGGACGAUCUUUCGGCCAGACGGGCCAUGGCGAAUACCCCUUUCUACACCUUCCAAGAGUUCUAGGCGGAGCUAGGCUGAGCAGACUCCAUCAACAGCCAGCAUGCAGUCCUUGACUGCAACACGGCAUCAUGGCUCGUGGUUACGACUGCAGCCAAAUUUCGUCACAUUCCGUUGUCCCCGGCAUCAGCUACUUGUCGAACGUUUACCAAAGGAAAGAAGCGGUCUCUUUCCAUGUACAUGAUCACCAGCAUGGUCCCGGGUAGUGCUGGUGUACCCUCUCGUCUAUCCCUGCCUCGACGUUAAACUACCCAACGCAUCGCACUCCAAACAAGGCUGUACGCCUGGCACCAUGCCCUUCCUUGACGGUUGGCAGCAUGUCCUCGUGUAUUCAUCACUCUCC